UACUAAUAUAAUAUAUUUGGGGUCUAUUCACUAAAUUAAAGAAAAACGAGGGUGAAUCUUGUGAUUUCCCCUAUUAUUUUCUCUAUAAAUCCUAGAGAAAAGUGUGAAAACCCUCGAGAGAUAUCAGGUUCCUUUUGUUUUGUGAGAUAAGAGCUUUCCUAAACAACUUGGUCGUUGCUUCUAACAUAUCUUAUGGGUUCGAAGCAGUGGACGAGGUAUGAGGACAAACUGUUUGAGAGUCUUCUGUUGAAGUUCCCAGAAAAUACUCCCAAUAGGUUUGAGGCUAUCGCCGGACAUCUUAAUGUACCGCUUGAAGAGGUGAAGCACUACUACAAAGCUUUGGUCCACGAUAUUAACCUUAUCGAAUCGGAUCAAUAUCCUACUACUAAUUAUCCAGAUGGGAUCCCAUCCCAGACCAAACAUAUGGAGAAAGAAAAAAAGAGGGGAAAACCUUGGACAGAAGAGGAACACAGGCUUUUUCUGGAGGGGCUAGAUAAAUAUGGGAAAGGAGAUUGGAAGAACAUAUCGAGAAAGAUUGUGAUGACAAAGACCCCAAUGCAAGUCGCAAGCCAUGCACAAAAGUAUAUCCUGAGGCAAGAGGCCAAGGAGAAGGCAAAGAAACGCUCCAGUAUCCAUGACAUAACUUUGAUAGAUCUUGCUGCUAACAAUGUAACCGCACCUCGAUCCGACUUGGACUCUACGAUGGGCCAGCCACCUUCUGAUCAGCAGGUGCCUCAAGACCAUCAUCAUUCCGACGAAGACUAUUUGAUUGAGAAGAUGUAUACGUAAAUUCCAAACUAUAAAAUCUUUUUUAUUAGUUGGCUUUUGCUUCUUAGUUUUUUUCUUCUUUUUGUACAUCUAGUUAUUAAACAAUCCAAAUUUGUUUAUAGCCUUUUUUACUUUUGUCUAACCAGAAUUUUCGAAGGCACACUAGUCUUGUUCAUUCUUGAGUGUGUGCUUAGAAAAUCUUGAUUAAGCGUAGUACUAGUAACACUAACUAAAUGAUCAAUGGUUAUAUUUAGACAAUGUGAAAGGCUCUUAGAGCAGCAUUAACGCAAAGGGGAAGAGGGUGGGUUCUAAUUUUUUUUUAUUAUUAUUAUUUUUGUUUUUUCCAAUUUUUUUUUAAAAAAAAUAAAUGGACCAAUCGCGGGUCACCAUUGACGAUUCGCGAACAAUUAAAAAGCUUCACCAAACUAGCCUCUUGCAGAAGAGAAAGAAGAAGUGGGUUUUCUGAUUUUUGUGGGCUCUCCACCUCUUACAAAAAGAGUCAGCGAUAAUGCUGCUCUUAUUGUUGUUGGGGACUAGGAACAAAUUGCCCAUUCACCUUUAGUCAACCAUUUGACUUGCCAAUGAAUUUUUGACCGUGCUUGUUGCUACCUUUUCCUUUCUUAUAACCUUUCAAAUCUUCAGUUUUCUCGUUUUCUGUACAUAGAGCUCUUGAGUAACAGAAUCUCAUCGUUAUUCCCUUCUAUCGGUCCUUCAACUAUCUCAACUCUGAUGUGAUCACGAUCAAUCUUUCUUUCUGUAAGGUUUUCAAAAUUUUCGGAUGGAUCCAAAACAAUGAUGGCUAGGUCCUUCCACGUAUUCAAUCCAGUGAUCAAAAUAAUCUUUUUGAAGCAUUAUCAGAAGGAUUUUUAGCUGAUCGGUCUACCUGACCGCUUGUUCUAGGAUUAACUUCUUCACGCUGAGAUUUCUUACUGUUUAUUGCUAGAUCAUUCGAGGUGGUCAACACAGGCACGGACACCGUUGUUAAUAAAAAGUCCCAUGUGACUAAUCAUGACUAUUGAUAUUAUGUUCUAUCUCAGAAUGCUUUAAACCUAUUGUCUUUACAUCCAUUUGUCGUACCAUUACAUAUAGACUCCAAAUGCUUCAAACUUCCGUUCUUACAAACACGUUUCUAAAAAAUCUUCCAAAGUCAAGAGCAUGAAUGUCAUAUAACUCAGUUUUUUGCCACCGUCGGAGCCAUUUGAUGUGGAUAUAAUAAAGGAGCAAAAAGUGACAGUGAAAGGCAACGUGCAGCGCAGCCAGACGCAGUUGUGCAAACGGAAAAAACAGGAAAUAAAUAGUCUUUCUGGGACAAAGGCUGAAACAGCCAAGGCCUAAAGGAGAAACAGAGCAUUUCAUGUGACUAUUUUUUAAUAAAAUAUGCAUGGAAUCCUUUUUAUUUCUUCUAUUUCUGUGACUUGUAGCUGAGCAUUUCUCUGUGGAGCUAAAUUAUUUUAGUCAUUGAAGUGCUAUGGACAUUUUUUUCUUUUGGUAAAAUGCUAUGGACAUUUUUUAACGAGGCUUAUGGUAAUUUCCCCCCUGGACAUGCUAAAUCGGGCAUUACCAAGCCUAAGGAUUAGAGGAUGGGAUGACCAAAGACCGUCGUUCAUGUUGUUUAGAGAGUUUAAGGACAGGAUCAAUCUCAUUGUUCUUUUCAUUAUCCAAAGAUUUGGUGUUAUUUCCCUAUAGCGUAAGAAGAAAUUUUCUUAGCCUCUCGAACGUUUAUUGAUUUGAGGAAAUGCAAUCUCCUCAAAAUCCUAUGAUACAGAGAUUUGAGUGUAGCAUCUUAGUUCGAACUGAUUCACAAGUUCAUACACAACUCAUGAACGAUUCCAUAGUACUUGUGGUCUUUCCUCAGGCAAUUGCAGCUUCCUCAACCCAUGCAAUGCCUAGAGAGCCACGUUGUUUGUAUCUUUCCAAACAACUCUAAAUGUAUACAAGCUCUACAGACUACAGCUUCCAUGUACUCAUAAAUGCUUGUGCCCCACACAUGCAUGAAUCUGAAAUACACGUGCUGGGUCCAUGCAAGGAUUGGACUAAAACGAUGCCAGCAGUCAUGAAGUUGAUGAUCAGUA